UGUCAAUGUCAGAUCAUCAAUCUUGGGUUCAUUAGGAAGCGCGAAGGAAGCCCAACGUGACUUCUCUUAUUGGUUAAGGAUGCCAUCAGAAAGCCAGACAUUUCCAAGGGUGAAUCAAGCUCGUGAUUUAUGAGGCUAAAAAUAGGCUUCAUUUUUCACUCUCAUCAGGCACUUCGCUCAUACCCUCAAAUCUUCUUGACACUCAGAGUACGCUUGGGCAUCACUACAGCCUUAAGAAGGAAAGUUCUGAUUUGAAGCACAGAGUGAACAAAUCCGUGAAUUUGGAGAUGAAAUCAGUUGGAGUAAGGAACAAAAAUGGAGAUUCAUCAAAGGUUAACAGGCAGACGUCUCAAGUCUUUGGUCAGGCCUCAAAAGGGGCAAGCCGCAGAACGGCAGAAGAACAGGAAGCACGUCCUAAACCUUCUUACAGCAGAUGA